AUGGGGAAAAGAUAUGUUGAAACGAUUUCCUCGAGAGAUUUACUCAAAUUUUGCGCUUUUGUAGGCGCUAUUUGUGUCUUUUUUCUCGGAGGAAUUUACACGAACUCAAGUGAUCUGUCUGACAAUCAGAAAUCAAGGGAGAUAAGAAGUCGUCGUUCAUUGCCGGAUUUUAAAUCCCAACUCUUGAAUUCAUUUAAAGCAGAAAACCUUGAGGAAAAUUUACGGUGAGUGAACGAGAUACAAAGUGUGGGAUUCACUAAAUGCUGUUUCAGAAAACUGUUUAUAAUGGGAAAUUUUGUUUGUUAUGAAUAAAUGCCAUGAAUAAACCCACUGGGACUUGAAACUGACUGACCCGUUGAGAAGAACCGUGAUGUUAAUUUUGACAUUUUUGUUUUGCUUUACAUUCAGAUAUUUAACUGAAGAGCCGCAUUUUGCCGGUUCGAGGCGGAAUAAUGACUUGGCGCGUCAUAUUGCCGCAAAAUGGAAAGACUAUGGUUUUGAUCAAGUAGAACUGACUCGAUACGAUGUUUUGUUGACUACACCACACAAGGAUUUGAAAAAUAAAGUGGAAAUACAUCGAAAUGGCGAAGUUGUGUUCGAGGCGCAGCCCUAUGAAAAGGCAAGUGACACUAUUUGUGUUUAUUUCAGUACUCUGUACUAAUAUUCGCACGGAUAAAUGAAUUUAAUUCUAAAAUUGGGGCGCGUGAUGGAGGAGGGGGGAGGGACGGCGGGGACUGUUGAUGUUUGAAAAUGUGGUUUGUCAAGAGAGUUGCUACAUUCUCGUGGUAGUAAACUGAUCGUUGAAUUAAAGGGACUCUGUGGCGCCCGGCAAGGGUUGAUUGUAAAGUAUAAAUAACUUUCUAAAUAAUAUGUAUAUUGUAAAAUGAUCACAUAAUCUGUGCUUGUCUAAUCACCGCAUUGUAGUCAGUUUUGUUUAGUUUUGUCUUGACCACUGGCCAAGAAACGCGUUCAGUUCCAAAAUAAAAUGUGUUUUUUCAUACCCCUAUCAAAAACGCCUAAUUUCACACGGCAUUAAACGCAAUUUCCGUCAGAAAAUCUCAACUGUAGACAUAACAAGAACUGGAGACAUAACCUGUUAAGUAAACACAAAGAAAUUAGAGUUAUUGUGAUAAACCAUAUUUACUCUGAACGGACUUAACGCAGUAAGAAUCUACAGGUGAAAUUUAAGGGAAAUGGGUGGAGUCAAAAUGGCCGAAAAUAUUGCGAUUCAAAAACCCUCUGAUGGAUUUUUUUCAAAUCUUACCAAGGUAAAGACAAGGAUCCAAACUAUUAGCACAUUAGAGGAUUUUAACAGAUUACUACUAGAUUUAUCAUAAUUUCGAGAAAAUACCCAAUUUGUAGAUUUCAGUGGUGAGGUCAGCAAAACAUAGUCUAAAAUUAAGUUUAAUCUUGGAUACGUUGUUUCAGUUUAAGACUUUUCGGUACAUGCAUUACAGCCAAAGAUAUGAAGCAUCAAAAACGAAGGGGCGAAACAAAGAGAUUACAUAGAAAACGCAAAGUAAAUAAUGGUAAUAAUAGAAAGGCGAAACCGACCAAGCGAUUUGUAUGCGCGCGAAUUCGAAAGAAAAUUUGUGUCUGAAGGAAACGGCAAAGUACGCAAUCCGGGUAAAACGCUUAUCCUUUCGAAAAGCCAACCAAAACACAGAAUUCGCUUCAUCUGACCAAUCUCUUUCACAGAUUUCUCUCCCGCUAGUCUUUCAACCGUAGGGACGAUAGGAGAGGACUACUCUGUGAACAAGGUUGUCAUCUUGCCAAGGAGCCACGCCAAGUAAUACUGCCUAUUAGUAAUUACUGUGAAACUCACAAAACCGUAGCCUGAAAUUCAUCCGAUUGCUUCGAGUCGUUUUCUCCUCUCAACAACGUCUGAAUCGACCGGCCGAUGAAGAUCAAAAUCUCGCCUUAGUACGGGAAGUUCUCAUAACAGAACCAUAUCGUUUUAAAGCAAGAUCUAGAACAACGGAAAGCGAAAAAGUCUGGCAACAAAUAGCUGAUAACCUGAACUCCGAUCAUAUCCUCAAGUUUCCCUCGAAGAAAUUCGGUUUUUUUUUAGAGAAACUGGAGUAAUAAACGGCAGCACAAAUUUUUCUUCCAAUAAAAGAUCGUUAAGGUAUCAAUCAAGCAAGACUUCACGAGUUAUGGAAUUAAAAGACGAAAGCAUUACUAUAUCCUCUCUCGUCAGGCGAGCACUCAACCCAACCUGCUCAAUCUUAAUUUGUUUUUCCCGCAAAGGUGGCGGCGUCCUCGCUCCAGGCUUUCUCCGUUCUCUUUACCGCCGCGUCCAGGGUAUCUUAAGGUCCCUAAUUAUUCAAGAUGGCGGCGCCCGCGAAAUUUCAAAGUGAAAAUAAGCGAUUUUAAAAUUGACUUUUCCUGAUAUAAACACUUUUUUUUAAGGACAAAUUUCGAACAAAUUUGUUUAUCAACAUAAUUUUAUUCGAUUUAAAAUUAUUCUCUAGAAAGAGUGGAGGUUCCGUUGAAGAAUUAUGGAGAUCGAGGAGGGAGGUAUUCGUCGAGGCCGUAGGCCGAGGUGGAUAACACCCUCCGAGAUCUCCAUAAUUCUUCAUAUGAUACGAAAGCCGAAUUCAAAAGGCGGAAUUGAAAGGCAGUCAAGCAUUAUCUGUAUGACAGGUGCCUGUAGCAAGUGGUUGAUGAAGGUCUUGCUUCUUCAAAUUUUUUUUAACGGGUAUCCCAGCGGUGUAUUCAAAGAAAAGUGAAUUGUGAUCUAGGCAACACGCUAUCAUAGCAGGGGAUGUUAUUAUGGCUGUAAGCAAUACAAGCUCUAAAAACACGAGCAUGGGGAAAAGAUAUGUUGAAACGAUUUCCUCGAGAGAUUUACUCAAAUUUUACGCUUUUGUAGGCGCUAUUUGUGUCUUUUUUCUCGGAGGAAUUUACACGAACUCAAUUGAUCUGUCUCACAAUCAGAAAUCAAGGGAGAUAAAAAGUCGCCGUUCAUUGCCGGAUUUUAAAUCCCAACUCUUGAAUUCAUUUAAAGCAGAAAACCUUGAGAAAAAUUUACGGUGAGUGAACGAGAUACAAAGUGUGGGAUUUACUAAAUGCUGUUUCAGAAACUGUUUAUAAUGGGAAUUUUAUUUGUUAUGAAUAAAUGUUAUGAAUAAACCCACUGGGACUUGAAACUGACUGGCCCGUUGAGAAGAAUUAACCGUGAUGUUAAUUUUGACAUUUUUGUUUUGCUUUACAUUCAGAUAUUUAACUGAAGAGCCGCAUUUUGCCGGUUCGAGGCGGAAUAAUGACUUGGCGCGUCAUAUUGCCGCAAAAUGGAAAGACUAUGGUUUUGAUCAAGUAGACCUAACUCGAUACGAUGUUUUGUUGACUACACCACACAAGGAUUUGAAAAAUAAAGUGGAAAUACAUCGAAAUGGCGAAGUUGUGUUCGAGGCGCAGCCCUAUGAAAAGGCAAGUGACACUAUUUGUGUUUAUUUCAGUACUCUGUACUAAUAUUCGCACGGAUAAAUGAAUUUAAUUCUAAAAUUGGGGCGCGUGAUGGAGGAGGGGGGAGGGACGGCGGGGACUGUUGAUGUUUGAAAAUGUGGUUUGUCAAGAGAGUUGCUACAUUCUCGUGGUAGUAAACUGAUCGUUGAAUUAAAGGGACUCUGUGGCGCCCGGCAAGGGUUGAUUGUAAAGUAUAAAUAACUUUCUAAAUAAUAUGUAUAUUGUAAAAUGAUCACAUAAUCUGUGCUUGUCUAAUCACCGCAUUGUAGUCAGUUUUGUUUAGUUUUGUCUUGACCACUGGCCAAGAAACGCGUUCAGUUCCAAAAUAAAAUGUGUUUUUUCAUACCCCUAUCAAAAACGCCUAAUUUCACACGGCAUUAAACGCAAUUUCCGUCAGAAAAUCUCAACUGUAGACAUAACAAGAACUGGAGACAUAACCUGUUAAGUAAACACAAAGAAAUUAGAGUUAUUGUGAUAAACCAUAUUUACUCUGAACGGACUUAACGCAGUAAGAAUCUACAGGUGAAAUUUAAGGGAAAUGGGUGGAGUCAAAAUGGCCGAAAAUAUUGCGAUUCAAAAACCCUCUGAUGGAUUUUUUUCAAAUCUUACCAAGGUAAAGACAAGGAUCCAAACUAUUAGCACAUUAGAGGAUUUUAACAGAUUACUACUAGAUUUAUCAUAAUUUCGAGAAAAUACCCAAUUUGUAGAUUUCAGUGGUGAGGUCAGCAAAACAUAGUCUAAAAUUAAGUUUAAUCUUGGAUACGUUGUUUCAGUUUAAGACUUUUCGGUACAUGCAUUACAGCCAAAGAUAUGAAGCAUCAAAAACGAAGGGGCGAAACAAAGAGAUUACAUAGAAAACGCAAAGUAAAUAAUGGUAAUAAUAGAAAGGCGAAACCGACCAAGCGAUUUGUAUGCGCGCGAAUUCGAAAGAAAAUUUGUGUCUGAAGGAAACGGCAAAGUACGCAAUCCGGGUAAAACGCUUAUCCUUUCGAAAAGCCAACCAAAACACAGAAUUCGCUUCAUCUGACCAAUGUCUUUCACAGAUUUCUCUCCCGCUAGUCUUUCAACCGUAGGGACGAUAGGAGAGGACUACUCUGUGAACAAGGUUGUCAUCUUGCCAAGGAGCCACGCCAAGUAAUACUGCCUAUUAGUAAUUACUGUGAAACUCACAAAACCGUAGCCUGAAAUUCAUCCGAUUGCUUCGAGUCGUUUUCUCCUCUCAACAACGUCUGAAUCGACCGGCCGGUAAUGCCGUCCAGUGACGUCACUCACUACCCGAAAACCGGGUAGUGAUUUUGAUUGGUUGAUUGCCUAAACAUUCGCAUAAUUAUGUAUAAUUAUGAAAAAUUUUGGCGGGAUUGUCGCUUGAUAUUCAGCGGAUCGCAUCACUGGCAUUCUUUCGUUUAGUUCAAAAAUUUCGAUAAGCUUAAUCUUUAUCUUAACCAGCAAAAUUGCCCUUGUCUUCGAAACUGACAUGCUAAAUUGAACUGAGAAUGAAGAAUCAUUGCGGAGAGUAGGUAGGUUUUUCAUUUAGAGCCGCUUUGUGGCAGCGGCCGGUGAUUACGCAAAGUUUUCUGAGAUCAAUGUUAUAAUUCGGCCUUCUUGCUAUUUUCAACGUCAAGUGUAAUGAUUCUGUUAGCUUUUCUUUCUUGUCUCCUUGCUUUUUUCUUCGUUAAGGACCAAAUAGUUUUUUUUCAAUUAAAGCAAAUCAUUGUGUUUUUGAACUAAGUGUUCCGUGUGUGUCGUGUGUGUGUUUAUUUCAUUGCGUGAUUGCGACCGAGUUUGAUUAUAGAAUUUAGUACGACCGGUUCCGAUUUUUACUGCAUGCAGUUGAUAGUUUAAACGUUAAACAUGAAUUAUCAUCGAAAAAAAUAAAGCAGUUCCGUAUCAUGCAGACAUUUCCAAACGAUAUUUCUCGGUUUGCCACUUGAAAAUGAUGUUUUACUUUUUGCAUGAAUUAAAGCAAAGGUCAAGGAGUAGUGACGUCACUGGACGGCAUUAACGGCCGGUCGAUUCAGACGUUACUGAGGGAGUAAUAACGACUCGAAGUAAUCGGAUGAAAUUCAGGCUAACAAAACCGUGAACACCAGAAAUAUUUAUGGAAUGUUAUUGUGUUGCGAGAAAUAAGCCAAUAAGGCGCGAGAUAACGAAACCGCAAACAGCAACGGUAAUAGACCUUUUUACCGAUACGGCGGCCAUAUUGAAUGAACUCGGUUUAAGGAGUAUUAUAGGAUGCCCAGGGGGCAUGAGCACAUUUCGUUUCUAUUUUCGAGCGCUUUUCGGGACAUUUUUUCUCAAAAUGUUCUUAGAAUAAGAUUGUAAUGGGAAAAAAGAUCCUUGUGCUGUGUUUGGAUGUAAUAAUGAUCCCCUUUUUCUAGUUUAGUAUUAGAAAUAUGGUCUUUACUGUAUAUUUCUCGGCAAAAAGGCGAUCAUUAUUACAUAAAAACACUGCACAAGGAUCUUUUUUCCCAUUACAAUCUUAUUCUAAUAAAACUUUAAGAAAAAAUGUUCCGAAAAGCGCUCGAAAAUACAAACGAAAUGUGCUUAUGCCCCUGGGCAUCCUAUAAUACUCCUUAAAUCGAAUUAAUUCAAUAUGCCCGCCGUAUCGGUAAAAAGGUCUAUUAGUUUGUUAUUUUGAGGUUUGCUUGCGUAUCCUCCUGAACUUUAUUGUGAUUGGCCAGUACACAAUCAACAUUCCUGAAUUAAAUUUUUCAGGUGUUCACGGUCUUCUGAGUUUGACAGUAAAAGAAACUGUAUCGCGAAAUCUAUCAAAAUUCAAACAGAGGGGACUGCCACCAAACUGCGUGAAACAUUAAAAUAAGAGCUCAAAACGUUGGAAGAAGGUUUUAAAUGAAAAAGUAAAAAAAAAAUUGAAAAAGAUUGCAAUUGUAGUUUUUGAAAACUUGUUACAAUAACAGUUUUUCAAAGUUCAUUGUUGUUAUUUGUAACGUUUGAAAUCAUGAUUGGGAGACAUUUUUGUUUACACCUACCUGUGAUUUUUCGAGAAUUUGUCAUUCAAAAGGGAUCUGCCAAGUUCCAUAGCGAAUGAAGACGCUUAUGGCAUUAGAAUGAACUAUACAAAAACACUAUGACCAAACCCAUUUUUAAUAAAGUUGUUUUAAAUAUCCAGCCAUCCUAACACAGGCAUCAUAUUCUGACUUUUCUAAAGGCUCUACGACAAGACGAAGUAAAAGGUGAAAAGAUUCCGAUUCUCCUCGGUUUUUCACCAAGUGGAAGAGUGAAAGGAGAAGUGGUGUAUGCCAAUUUCGGGACGGAAGAAGAUUUCGGAAAGCUGAAAGACUUGGGCGUGUCUGUAAAGAACAAAAUUGUCAUCAUUCGUCAGGGAAGAAUUUUCAGGGGUAAUAAGGUACGUUCUUUACCACCCAUCCCCCCCCGGCCCCCGCGAGUACUGAACAAAGCAUAUGCCUUCUAUUAAAAAAUGGUACCCUUUCACGUAGCUAGUAGAGAACUUUGCAUUCCUUUUAACUUGUUAUGUACUCUCUUUAAAAUAUGAACAAAUCACAAAACCAGAGCGUUUCUUCGACUUCUUACAGCCAUAAAGUAAAUCGUUAGCCCUUGUCGGAUUUUUUACAGACCGAGAUGGACAUAUUUGCCUACCCUCAGAUAUACUUCAACUGCACUGUAAAUCCGAAAGAUCUGUUUUACCCCUAAAAAUGGGGCCGUUUUGGUGAGUAAAAUACAGUCCUAUCUUUGAGUUUAAUUUGCUCCCUUAAAUCAGGGCCAAUACAGUGCAAUUAGCUAGGGCUGAUUUGGUCCCAAUGGCUUGAAUGAGCCCCAGCGUGGGCUCGAAUAAAUAGCCUUUUGAUUGAGCUUUUUUGGACUAAAUUAUUGUGCUCCAAUGGCUCCAGGGAGGGUUGAAUCAGACUUUGGCCUGCAGUGCUGAAUUGACACGUUGGGGCUGAAACAGAUCUUUUUAAUUUUCAGUGUUGUGAAACCCUUUUCUUUCAUACACCUGAGGCCCAAAAAAGGUACCCCUUUCGGGCGGAGCCUUAGUCUGAGAAAACAGCCGACAUUUGGCGACGCUACCACUGGUUUUCCCCGCCAAAUGACGUCUGAGAAACGAGCGCAGAAAUUCCAUACUGACGACGCGUCACUACCCAUGCGAACUAGAUAGUGCUUCUGAUUGGUUGAAUCAAAUUUCCCACGCGGCAUGACCAAUCAGAAGCACUACCCAGUUCUGGUUAGUGACGCGUCAUCAGUAUGGAAUUUCUGCGCUCGUUUUUCAGACAUCAUUUGGCGGGGAAACCAGUGGUAGCGUCGCCAAAUGUCGGCUGCUUUCUCAGGCUAGCGGAGCCUCCCCGUAUAGGCCAUUUGAUUAGAGGAAUCGAACCUGUCACUAUGGUUUUUCCCUCAGGAAGCAGGAUGGAUGGGAAGAGUUAAAAAACAAACAAACAAACAAACAAACAACAACAACAAAAUGCAAAAGUUUAAUUUUAGAUAUGCGAAGUUGAGCUUUUCAUUAUCCAGCAAAAUAUACUGAGUCGAUGUGUUGAUGUUUAGUUAAAGAUUUUCAAAGAUUUCAAAUAAUUAAACAUUUAGUUGGGAAAAAUUUCAAUUCUGACGCAUGCGACUUUCAUAACGAUUUCCUCCGUUUUCUUUCACUAGCCAGAUUGAUGAGCUCGAAAUGAGUAAAUAUUGUCGGUUUGGAUGUUUCAAAAAUUAAUUUAAAGUACGGUUGUGUGCAUGUUAAUUAUCAUAACUGUUUAUUGUUUACCUUAUCAUUGACUGAUCGCUGUUGAUUUGUCAUCAUGAAUCAUCAUUGGUUGUAUGUGACGACUAAACUCAUUGUUGUCAAUGACAACCAGCUUUNAAAGAUUUCAAAUAAUUAAACAUUUAGUUGGGAAAAAUUUCAAUUCUGACGCAUGCGACUUUCAUAACGAUUUCCUCCGUUUUCUUUCACUAGCCAGAUUGAUGAGCUCGAAAUGAGUAAAUAUUGUCGGUUUGGAUGUUUCAAAAAUUAAUUUAAAGUACGGUUGUGUGCAUGUUAAUUAUCAUAACUGUUUAUUGUUUACCUUAUCAUUGACUGAUCGCUGUUGAUUUGUCAUCAUGAAUCAUCAUUGGUUGUAUAUGACGACUAAACUCAUUGUUGUCAAUGACAACCAGCUUUGUUUUCUUCAAUUACAAUUUUGAAGGUCUUUAACUCCGCCUUCCACGGUGCAGUGGGGGCCAUUAUUUACACUGAUCCAGCACAGUUUGCCCCUGAAGGAACCCAAAACACUUUCCCUCAUUCCUGGUGGCUUCCAGACUCCGGCACCCAGCGUGGAUCAUCUUUGGGCGAGGCGGGACCUGGUGACCCACUAACUCCAGGAUACCCUUCUAUUGACGGCAUUUACCGAAACAAAAUUGACAAAAGUGGCUUACCAAAAAUUCCUGCUGCUGCAAUGUCAUACAAGGAUGCCAAGGAGAUAUUACGACGAAUGAAAGGUAAUGAACUUCAGGCAACUAAUUAGUAAAGAAAAAACACACAAAAUGCAAGAAGCUGUUAUCAAUGAAGCAGACAAAAAAAUCAAUGUCACCACCUAGACAGUACGCCAUUCUUUUCGCCCGAGUUCAUUUUUCACACCAUAAUUUUUAUAUAGUAUUUUUUUGAAUUUUCACGCAUUUCUCCGAGAUUUCUGUAGUCUGGCAGCCGAAUUUUUUUUUAAAGAUGUACAAUCUUAUGGCUAUUCGUCCAUUUGAUUCCCACCCUGCAAUCGGCGCCCUUAACCCUUUAAGCCCUAAGAGUGAUCAGCAUCAAAUUUCUCCUUGUAAUAUCAAUGCUUUGUCAAACAGAGUGGUCAUGAGAAUUAGGGACAUGAUCCGCACAAGAUGAAUUUGCUUGAUAUUUUAUAAACUUCUCAGCACUAUUUCUGUGAAAAAUGAAUAGGGGCAACAAAUGAGAAUUCAAAUUUUGAUGUUAGGGUUUAAAGGGUUAACCAUAAGAGGAACCGAAUAUCAGGCGUCCAAUGAAAGGUAAUGAACUUCAGGCAACUAAUUAGUAAAGAAAUUGCACACAAAAUGCAAGAGGCUGAUAUCAAUGAAGCAGACAAAAAACCAAUGUCACCACCUAGACAAUAUUCCAUUCCUUUUGCGUGAGUUCAUUUUUCGCACCAUGAGUUUUACAUUUUACAUAGUAUUUUUUUGAAUUUUCACGCAUUUCUGCAGUCUGGUAGCAAAUUUUUUUUUAAAGCGGUACGAUCUUAUGGCUAUUCGUCCAUUUGAUUCCCACCCUGCAAUCCGGCGCCCUUAACCAUAAGAGCAACCGGGCUUUCUUAGGGCUCUCUUUGCUUGAUUAUCUGUUAUAAUAACUGUAAUUCAUCAAAUUAACCUACUGUGAACCAAACCUGGCUGACCUCUGUCCUGUAAGGAAUUGUUUAGUGAGUACCUUGGCCUGUUAUUGUCAGUUUUUGCAAGGCCUUUGUGGCAUCUUCUGGGCGGGUGCGGUUCUCUUUCACUGUCUUGAAGACUUUUGACUCUUGAAGGCCGUUUGUUUUUAAACUCCUACAGCGGCGUGGAAGAAAUUUAUCAUGUAAUAUCAUGGGUGACAAAUUACUUCAUAAUUGUGGCGAGUAAUUUCAGCGUUGAUUUAUAAUUACACAUGUGAAAUUACAAAAUUGCCAAGGCAACGUUUCGUGCGUCUCAGUGCCAAGAUGGUGUCAAGGUUAAAAAUGUUAUGAAUGGAGAUGUCAGGCACCAUAAUUUUCGUCAUUCGUUACGUUUUAAUCAUUCCUGGGUGUAAAAACAUGAAAAUUCCUUUCACAACCCUGAGGCUCUAAAACCCUUUUAUGUCGGAGGUAUCAUUUAAUGCAAAGUACGAUGAUAAUUUACUUUUGAAGGACCCAAGGCACCAAAGAGCUGGCAGGGGGGCCUGGAACUCACUUAUUACCUGGGGCCCGGGUUUUCGGACAAAAACUUGUCACUCCAUUUGGAUAUCAACAACAAACUGGAAACUAAAGCUAUUUACAACGUCAUUGGUCAAAUCAGGGGGUCUGAGGAACCCGAUCGCUAUGUUCUUGUCGGAAAUCACCGAGACGCAUGGGUUUUUGGGGCAGCUGAUCCGAGCAGCGGUACAUCUGUGCUCAUGGAGUUAUCACGUGGUCUAGGUAAUUUGCUAAAAGCAGGAUGGCGGCCGCGUCGGACUAUAUUUCUUUGCAGCUGGGACGCGGAAGAGAUCUUUGUCGUUGGUUCAACGGAAUGGGUCGAAGAAAACGCUCAAGUUCUUCAAGGUCGAGCGGUCGGUUAUCUCAAUACAGACGUGACGGUGAACGGAAAUUUCAGCUUAAAUGUUGACGCCUCUCCUUUGCUUCAAGAUGUGGCCAUUUCCUUGACUAAGGAAGUUUGUGAUCCUACAGUUCCACACACUUGUAGAAGCAUGUAUGAUGUCAUGUUAGAAAGAGAUGUCACUAAACAUGCCAACGGCAUUGCAGUCUGUGAUAAUCUGGCUUUUGGCAGUGACUACGCUGCUUUUUAUCACUUUAUUGGAGUCUCCUGCGCUGAUUGGUCAUAUAUCUUUGGAGGCACGCAUGGAAUAAGGCGAUCUUACCCAGUUUAUCAUUCUAUACACGACACGUUUUAUUGGAUAAAAAAAUUUGUCGAUCCCGAAUUCAAAAUACAUCUCGCUGUGACGAAAUACACGGCUAUUUUUCUGCUGGAAUUAUCCGACUCAGCUCUGUUACCUUUUAAUACGCAGACUUACGGAGAACUUCUCCAGUCUAAAGCUAAGAACUUGAAAACGAAUUCUCAGUUUCAAGUCCACAACAUCAGCACAGAUGCAUUCAUGCGCUCGGUGAAGAACUUCGCGAAAAUAUCUCGCGAGUUUGAGAAAAGCAAGGCAAAAAGCAGUAAGAAGGAAUUUCGUACUCUAAACGAUCAGAUGAUGCAAGUUGAAAAAGCAUUUGUGCAAACAAUAGACAAGAACAAUCCUAAACAGUUGAGGCAUGUUAUUUUCGGGCCUAAUCUUGCGAACCUCUAUGGAGGAGUUUACUUCCCUCGGGUAAAUCAUGCUAUUGAAAUGGCAAGAAAAACAGGAGACUGGGAAUUAGUUAAAAAGGAGAUUUCCGUACUGACGUAUUCGAUCAAUUCUGCUGCAAGCGUUCUAAAACGUAUAUGA